AUGCCACCAUGGGACCCUCUGGUCCCAGCCGAACGCUACCUACAGCGUAACCUCGCCCGGCUCCCCAAACCACUCAGUCACUGGCUCGGCUAUCGCGAGAAAGCCGCACCGACGUCUCCAACCUGGAUGGUCUGCGUCUACGGCUUCAUUGGCGCCUUUUGCGGUCUCAGCGUCAUCCUUGCCAUUUUCGGGCACAGCGAGUAUUUUAAAAGUCGCGCGGUGCCACCGAUUGUCGCUUCCUUUGGUGCCUCUGCCAUUCUCUGCUACGGCGCCAUCGACGCCCCACUCGCCCAACCACGCUCCCUCAUCUUUGGCCAUUUCUUCAGCGGCCUCACCGGCGUCAUCAUGGCCACAAUCUUCCAACUCAACCUCCAAGAAGACGAAUUCCCAAACCUGCAAUGGCUCGCCUGCAGCCUAGCCACCGCCUUUGCCCUCGUCGCCAUGCAUCUCACAAAGACGACGCAUCCGCCCGCCGGCGCAACGGCGCUGAUGCCCUGUCUGGACCCUAAUAUCUGGGCCCUGCGUUGGUACUUUUUGCCCGUUUUGCUGUUGUCAUCGGCUGUUGUUCUUGUUACGGCGUUGAUGGUGAAUAAUAUUCAACGCCAGUAUCCACGGUUUUGGCUUGCUCAGCUUCCUCCGCCGCAGUCGCAGCCGCAGCUGCAAAAUGAUGAACAUCGCCAUCGUAAACCGCCCUUGGAGGACGCUUCUUCUGUGGGUAGUCCGCAUAGUGCAUUGCGUGAGCUUGAGAGUGGGCAAAGGACUCAUUAG